UGCAACUGAUUUUACUGCUUAUGAAGAAAUUUUAGACAAAGAUGGAAAUACUAUAAAUGGAUUGGCAGUGAAUGCAGCAAAAGAAAUGCAAAAAGAAGCAAUAUUUCACUUUGAAAAAGAUUUAGAUGUUUAUCCAAUGCACAGAUUUAGUACUUUUCUUGAUGCUGAUGGUAAACCUGAAUUUAAAUUUGAUAGUCAUGUAACUGAAUGGCAAUCAGUUCUUGAAAAAGUUACAAAUGCAGUAAUUGAUGAAAUGGAACAGCUUGCUCAGACUAGAAUAGAUAAUUUUACUCCUAUUAAAGAAGAAAUAGGCAAAAAACUUAUUGAACUAUCUUCCUUAGAUUCUAAAGUAUCCAAAGCUCAACAAGAACUUAAUAAUGUUAAAAAAUUAGAAAAAACAGCUAGAGAAGGGAAAAUGCAAGACUUGAAAGAUACCUUUAAUGAAAUCAAUAAUAAAUCUGGAGUUAAGACUAUUCUGACUGGACCUGAUGCAUUUGAUGUAACUGCUUUAAAAACAGCUUUAGAUAAUGAUGAAAAAGCAUUAAGAGUAGCAGUAAGAGCUCAUUUGAAAACUUUGAAGUCUGCUUUAGAAGGUAUAGAAACAAGAAUUAUAUUAGAUCCAGUUGAGAAAAAUGAGUUAGAAGAAAUUGAAAGAUAUUUAGCAGGAACUCCAGUACCAAUUGAGAAAAGAAUUCUUCCUAUUAAUGGAGCAAGCAGUAAAAUCAAUAAAGCUGAAUUAGUUAAAUACUGUAAAGAAACUCUAGCUAAAAAACCUGAAUUAAUAGAUGAUACUUAUGUAGUAAUACAUACUAUUGCUUUACAAGAAUUAAAAGUAGAUAGUAAGCUUAAAGAACAAAUCCUAAAAGAGAUGGAAGAUUACAAAGAUGGCGACAAAAGGUUAGAUAAAUCUAAAUAUAGGGAUGGGAAAGAAUUUACUGAAGAAGGAAUUGUUAAGUACUAUGCAGAAAAGUUAGGUGGACAAAAUCAUGCUAAGAAGUAA